AUGAAAAAAAUUAUUAAUGGAAUUGAAAAAUUAAAAACAUUUGGGGAGGUAGGGAAAUUUGAUGUUGUGUUUAGAAAUGGUAGAUCAAAUAUAAAUUUAAUUGAACAAAAAAAAUAUAUUUCUAUAUUACUUGAUAAGAGUGGAUAUCGAAAAUUUGAAAAAACACAUUCCAUUUUUGAUAGAAAUAAAAAAAUAUUAAGAGAAACCCCAAAUAAUUAUACUAUAAUAGCUUUACUCUCUUUAGUAUGUACGCCUGGUUUUUUUUAUAAAAAAUAUAAUAGUAUGAAAAAUAAUGUAGCUAGUUGCUCAAAUUUAGAAAAAACCUAUUUAUUAAAUAAAGAGGAUAUAAAAAAUGGAGAAAUGAAAGAAGUAAAAGUAAAUAAUGAUAAAGAUACCGUAUUAGUAAUAAAUAUAGAUAAUAAUUAUUAUUGUGUCGGACCAAAAUGUCCCCAUUAUUCAGCACCGUUAAGAUUAGGUUUAUUAACAAAAGAAUAUGUUACAUGCCCAUGGCAUGAUGCAAAAUUUGAUAUAAAAACAGGAGAAUGUAUUAAUGGUCCAUCUUUUGAUGAUAUUCCAAAAUAUAAUGUUAUUGUUGAAGAUGAUAAAAUUUAUGCAUAUAUACCAAAAGAAAUUGAGUUAUUUGAAAAAAAAAAAAUAUGUCCAUGUAAUGGUACAAAAUCAUGUGAAAAAGGAAAGAAAAAAAAAAUCGUAAUAAUAGGUGGAGGUGCAGCAACAUUAGGAGCUAUAGAAUCAUUUUUAAAAAUUGGAUUUGAUGGUGAAAUUAUUAUUUGUAGUCAAGAUUCAUAUAAACCAUAUGAUAAACCAACAUUAUCAAAAAAUAUUUCCAAUUUAGAUACCAGUUUAGAAUUAUAUAAUGAAAUAAAAUUAAAAGAUGAUAAAUAUUAUGAUAGAGAAAAUAUUACAUAUAUGUUAAAUACUACUGUUGAGAAAUUAGAUGAUGAAAAUAAAAAAAUAUAUUUACAAAAUGGAAAAGAAAUAGAAUAUGAUCAGAUUCUUAUAACAACCGGUUUACGUCCAGCACCAUCUCCUAUACAAAAUAAUAUUCAAGUUAAUAAUUUAUUUACACUUAAUCGAUUAGAUGAUAAUAUAAAAAUAGGAUCUGUUGCUAAAGAAGGAACUAAAUGUGUAAUUAUUGGAUCAUCUUUUAUUGCAUGUGAAUUAACAUCUUCAUUAAAAAAAAAAAAUGUAAAUAUUUCGAUGGUAUCUAAAAAUUCGGUUCCAUUUAUUGGAGCAUUUGGAGACAAAAUUGGAAAUAUUGUAUUUAACAUUUUAAAAGAAAAAAAUGUAGAUUUUUACCCAAACACAUAUCCAGUAGAAUAUAUAAUUGAUAAUAGCUAUUUUGGUUUGAAAAAAAAAAAUAAAACAAUACAUGGGGUUAAGUUAAAUACAGGAGAAAUAAUAAAAUGUGAUUAUGUUAUUGAGGCAUUAGGAUGUAAACCAAAUUCAGAAUUUCUUAAUAAUAAAUUUAAAAAUGAACAAGGGUUUAUAUUAGUUGACAAACAUUUCAAAGUGAAAGAUUCUCAGGAUAUAUACGCCGCUGGUGAUGUUUGUGUUUUUCCAUACUUCGUGACUGGGGAGCCAGUGAACAUAUGCCACUGGAAUGUAGCGAUACAGCAAGGAAGAAUAGCAGCAAAUAAUAUGAUAAGUAAUAAUAAGGAAAGCUAUAAUUUUAUUCCAUUUUUUAAUACAAAUAUUUUUGGUAAGAAUUUUCGUUAUUCUGGUUUUGUCAAAGAUUAUGAAAAAAUAAUAUACGAAGGAGACGUAAGUAAAUAUAAUUUUGUUGCAUAUUUUGUUAAAAACAAUAAAAUAGAUGCAAUAUUGACACUUGGAAAUAAUAAAAUGGCUGCACUAAAUGAAUGUUUGUUAAAAAAUAAAGUUCCUAAGGUUUAUGAGUUAGAAGCUGGUUUGAAAAACAGUGAUACAAUGAUAUUGUCUCUCAAAAAUUAG